CCUAUGCAGGGCUCGAACUCACAGACUGCGAGAUCAUGACCUGAGCUGAAGUCGGACGCUCAACCAACUGAGCCCCCCAGGCGUCCCACAAACAAACUUUCUGUGUAAUUUUGGGUUCAAGGGGUAAUAAAGAUGGAAAUCACAAUCAUUUUCGAGUCUGUACCGCUAAAAGCACCAUCUGCAUCAGCUCACACGGGCUGCAUUUGUGCUCGGCAGUGGGGAGGGCGUGUGAGGUGUCUGGUGCCCAGUGUGACUGAGGGGGUCUCCUAGUGGGCAGCACCCCUCCUACACCAGCCCCCUGCCCAGCGCGGGUAGGUAAGCGCUGGCGAGUGUUGACAGGACCCCAAACCGCAGCACGGACCCAACAGUGUGUAGCCUCAGAUGCAUUUCCAGGAAAUAUGAAAGAUGGAAAUAAAAUUCACUAACUGUGCAACUCAAUACACUAGUAACAGAUAGCAAAGGAAACACGGAAAGUGUAGAAGGAAGAAAUAAGAAAUGAUGGAAACAGAGGUAAUGAAAUAGAAAAGGCAGACAAGCUUUGAUCAAUAAAACAGGGUCUUUGUUCGGAGUUGUGGUGGGGAACCUGAAUAAAAUGGUCUCCUCAGAUGAGGUUGGAAAGUCACUUAGAUUCCACCUCUAAAGUAGGACCGCAGGCCUUUCGGAUUUGCGAGUACUUUCUGCCAGAUCGUAGACAAAGACGGAAGUUCCCUAAAUAAUGGUGCUCGUCCAGGGCCACCUUGACCCACCAGGACUCGGUCUGAGAAGGUAGCAGAUGGCAGGGGCCUGACUGACAAGAAGCGGCUUAACCACGUGUGUGGUUGUAUUGAGCACACUUUUCAUUUUCUGUGAUUUACGAUGUUCCGGCAUCUUACAAACUCUUUCUUGCUUGGGAGGCUGCCCCCCCUGGGCCAGCGGUUCUCAGGGCAGGCGCAGGUCCCAGUGGAGUCCUGCCUUUGAUGUGCCUGCCGGCCAGCCCAGAGCCAGCCUGUGUGGACCAAGGAGGCAGUGCCUGAACCUCAUCAGCCCGGGGCCAGGUACCAGGCAGCUGGGGACAGCCCGGAGUUUCGAACCUGCUGGAAUUAUUCAAGGUAGCCAAUUUUGAGCUGAUUAGCCUGCCCUGUGAGUGCUAACCUGUGCCCUGUGGAAAUCCCAGAGAAGACUCCAGCCUGGGCUCCCCCCACCUGACCACCUGGUGCCUCCCCGUCUCUGGGCCCUAUUGGUACAAUCACCUUUGUUUCCCGAGCCUCUCCUGCAUCUCCUCUUGUGGCGCACCGACGGGCAUCCCGUUGAAGAACACGACCAGUGGCUGGGGCAGUGACCCAGGGAUGUCACGAGGGGACCUGCUUCAUGACCUCCUUCCUUGAACUUGCCCGGCUGCUCAUCUUGGAGCAUUUCACCCGCGUGAAAGCAGGGGGGCUUCUCCCUGUGACUCUUGGCCAGACUCGUCUCACGGACCCACCUGUAGCCGCAGGAUAAGCUGGGAAUCAAUGUUCCAGAGGAGAAACACGGGACAGAGGAGAGGGAAUGAGCAGCCGCAGACCCUGCUGUCCAGGAACACUGCAUCUUCUGGGAAGGCCCAAAGCCAAUGUAACCGGAUGGUGUUCUUCUCUGCCCUUUGUCACGUCUGGAUUGCUUGUGUGGGGUGACCAGCCGGCCCAGACACGUCCCCAGUGAUGGUCAAGAAAUCGGGUUUCCAGUUCCUUGGGACCUGGGUGCUGCUCCCCACGGCUUCCCGUCCCUCCCCCAGAAGUGAGCACAGAUCGCAGACCACGGAGGACACGGGGAGAACGUGGCCGUCCACUCGCCCAGCAGAGGCCCCGCAGGGAGGCCUGCAUCUCGGGCUUCAGGCCCUGGGACGGGUCCCUGGGGACAAGCCACCACCUCUCUGGUUUUCCUCCUUCGGCCCGACUACGGGACAAGUGCCCUGGGAAAGACCCGUAGCUCGUCUCUUCAAGAGCAGCGGGGUCCCGUCCAGUGGUCUGGAGGCCCCGUCACUGGCUGGCCCCUGCCCCUCCGUGGCCCGUGACUUCAUGGGACACAUACCGAGCCACACGGGUCCUCUGCCCUCGUCUUACGGGCACACUGGGUCGGCUCUCGGGCAUCAAUCUGCCUGCAGGAGACUCUGCACCAGGGGGCCUGGAGCUCUCACGGAGGGCACACUCCCACCCCAGCUGGCCGGCUGGGAGGGACGGUGCCCAAGCCACCAGCAGCCGGGCAUCCACCGUGGCUCCAGAUCCGCCCAUUUGUGGCCCAGAGACAGGGUUUACAAAGAGUUGCUAGAGAGGAGGUCUGUGCCUCUGCAUCCCAAAACCCACACGGUCACAGCCGCCGGCCUGCAGGGUUUUCAGUGUCUUCUGGGUGGAUCAGGGCUCUGGUGGGGAGGCGUCAGCCUCUCUUUAGAGACCUCUGAGGACCUCGUUUACUGUCGCCUGGGUCUGGGCAGGUGUGACUUGGAAAUUCGCAAGGACCUUCCUGAGGAUGUGCGCACGUGGAGACUGACCAGCCAAUUCCCAGACCCUUGGUCUUUCCUGAAGCUGAUCUACCCGGGAGGGUUGGUGAAGGGAUAAAGGGCUUCCGUCUUUCUCUUUUACAAACUCUGUCCUCCCACUUCACUCCCAACCUCUUGUCUGUCCCACGUGCGGGCGCCCCAGGGACUUGUGUGCAUCUGGGAAGGGGCGUGACGCGACAGCUGGGAGGCUCCUCCCUUCGUGUGUCAAGGAUUUGAAGUGUUUGCUUUCAACUCAGGAGAAAAAGAACUAACUGGGAUUUCCCCGGAAGGGCCCAUGGGUGAAGGAUUCCCUUCAUUCUUGUGUGUGGAGAUGUGUUUUCCUGUGGCCUUGAUACUCAAGAGACCGCUUGGCUGGACAUAAAUUCUCACCUGUGCUCCCGCCCCUCGGUUUUGGAGAAAUUCGACUCUGUGGUUGUCUCGUUUAGUCUGGCCAUGGUUGAAAGGCUUAAUCUAAUUCUUUGCUUUUUAAUUUCUUUUGUUAAAAACAUGU